GUCAAAUUUGCCAUUCCUGUCUCGGUUCCCUCUUCCCGGCGCACCAGCCUACCUCGCCGACGCCAGGCCGCCAGGCCGCCGGAGACAUGAACCAGCCCGUGCAGAAGAACACCCUCUACGUCGGUGGGCUGGCGGAGGAGGUGGACGAGAAAAUCCUGCACGCCGCGUUCGUGCCCUUCGGUGAGGUCAAGGACGUCAAGACGCCGCUCGACCAGUCCACGCAGAAGCACCGCUCCUUCGGUUUCGUCACCUUCCUGGAGCGCGAGGACGCCGCCGCUGCCAUGGACAACAUGGACGGCGCCGAGCUCUUCGGCCGCGUGCUUACCGUCAACUACGCCUUCCCCGAGCGCAUCAAGGGAGGGGAGCAGGGAUGGGCUGCCCAGCCAAUCUGGGCCGAUGCGGACACUUGGUUCGAGAGGCAGCAGCAGGAAGAGGAGAUGCAGCGGCUGCAGGCAGAGCACCGCGCAGCGAUGCAGGCAGCAGAGAAGCUGCACAGGGAGAAACUGGCCGCUGAAAGGGAAGGCGAGAAAGAAGAAGAUCCCAUGGCUGCCGCAGAGGCUCAGGCUGUGAAACAAAGUUCUUAAGAACCGGAUAUUAACUCAUAACUCAUGUGCUACGUUGCUGCCUGUUUGUCAGAUAUGACUAAACGAAUCUUGUGAAUGCUGUUUGUUUUGCUGAAAGAACCCUAUUUCUCACCUGACGUGGGAUUCUUAUUGGUUUCCCUUUUCCCUGUCUGUCUUAGUAUAUAUAUGCACACUGGCGCAAAGAACAAUUCUUGU